ACUGCAUGGUGGGAUGUUGAGCUCGAGGGAGAGACACUAGUGAGUUUCACAGGGCCAAAACCUGUUGUGGAUUUCCAUAGAGACUGCCAGUACAAUACAGUGGAGUAGGGAGAAAGCUCCGGAGUCCUGUACAGAGACAUACGGGACUGUGGACACGUGAGAAACAGGAUACCUUAAUCAGCAUGCAGAGUGUGAGAUCCCCAGGGAGGGGGGGCACCUUGUCAGAGGAGUCAUUCCAAUGUUCUAUCUGUCUGGAGGUCUUCGUAGAGCCUGUCUCGACCCCCUGCGGACACAGCUUCUGCAAGGCCUGUCUUCAGGGCUACUGGGAUCACAGCAAGAAGUUCCAGUGCCCCAUGUGUAAGAAGAGCUACACCCGGAGGCCGGAGCUCAGCAUCAAUCGGGUCCUCGCCGAGAUCUCUUCCCAGUUCCAGGGGCUCGAUGUGGGGGUGACUUCACCGAACACGAAGGCGGGUGCGGUGGCUGGGUGUCUGGCGGCGGGACAUGGGUUUCACGGAGAGUCACCGGCAGCUGCGGCGGAGGGUGGAGAGUUCGCCCGGGCGGGCGAGGUGCCAUGUGAUGCGUGCAUUGGGAGGAAGAUGAAGGCAUUGAAGUCUUGUCUCAACUGUCCCGGGUCAUACUGUGAAGCACAUCUCCGACAUCACAAGAAGGUGAAGUCUCUGACGUCCCACCGCCUGGUUGAGCCCAUGCACCACCUGGAAGAGAAGAUCUGUAAGAAGCACGAGCGCCUGCUGGAGGUCUACUGUCGUAACGACCACGGCUGCGUCUGCAUCUCCUGCACAGAAGCCUCACACAAGACCCAUGAGAUCGUCUCCCUCGACCGUGAGUGGAAGAAGAAGAUGAGUCAUCUGGGCAAGUGGAGGUCGGAGCUGAAACACCUGAUCAAGGAGCGGGCCAAGAAGUUGGAGGAGAUCAACCAGUCCAUACGGGUCAUAAAAAGCACUGCCCAGAGGGAGUUGGAGGACAGCUGGCAGGUGUAUGCAGAGCUGCAGCGUCUAGUGGAGCAGAGCCAGGCUGAGCUGGUGGAGCUGAUCGCUACGAGACAGCGUGAGGCGGAGAGGCAUGCCCAGGAGCUGGCCCGAGGUCUGGAGGACGAACUGAGCCAGCUCCGGAAGAGGAGCGGAGAGCUGGACGCCCUGGCACAGAACCAGGAUAAAGUCAUCUUCCUCCAGAGCCUGCCCACCCUGGCGCCCCUCCCAGAGACCAGUAAUUGGUCAGGUGUGAGUGUGAACACAGACCUCUACCUAGGAACCAUCCAAUCAUCCGUCAGCACCCUUGUCGACAGGUUCCAGGAAGAAUUGAAGAGCCUGUAUGGAAAAGAGCUCAGGCAGCUGCAGAACUAUGCAACUGAAGUGUACCUGGACCCGGGUACUGCCCAGAGGAACCUGGUCCUGUCAGAGGAUGGUCGCCAGGUGAUAUACGAGGAACGGAAGCACAACCAGUCGGAAGGCAAUCGUCGCUUCAGCCCCGCCCUCUUCGUGCUCGCUCGCGAGGGCCUCUCCUUUGGACGCCAUUACUGGGAGGUUGAGGUGGGCCGCAAGACUGCCUGGACUGUGGGUGUGAUGCGGGCAUCGGCACGCCGGAAAGGAGAGAUAAAGCUGAGCCCUGACGGAGGGUACUGGUGCCUGUGGCUGAAGAGUGGGGAGGUCAAGGCUCUGGCAUCCACUCGACAAUCCCUCCAGCUGACCUCUCACCCCCAGAAGAUUGGCAUCUUCCUUGACUACGAAGGUGGCCAGUUGUUGUUCUACGACGUCAAGGCGCGCACACACCUCUUCACGUUCGUGGAUACUUUCAGUGAGAGUUUGUAUCCGAUAUUUAGUCCCUGUCUCAACCAGGAUGGAAAGAACACGGCCCCGCUCAUCAUCAGUGCUGUGAAACAGAGCUGAGACAAAACAUGGCAUGGGAUGUGUCCCAAAUGGCACCCUAUUCCCUAUAAAGUGCACUAAGUUUGACUGCACUCCUAUGGGCCCUGGUCAAAAGUAGUGCACUAUGCAGGGAAUAGAGUGCCAUUUGGGAUGGACAUUAUGCAACCUUGACAACAACCCAUUCUGUUCAGAGGUUGACCAUUUUAGCCACUUGAUUAGGGGCCUGAGUUCUUCCUCACUGUGUGAUCUUACCAGGAAAAACUGUGGUACCCAAGUGAUAGCCAAUAUACUGUAUAACAAAGGCCCAGAGUUUUCCUCGGGUUAGGUAACAUAGUCAGGAAAAGCUAAUGUUUGAUUGACCUUACUGUCCAGAUUCUUACUUGCUUUAAUACACGGAAGUCUAGUGCUUUACAUUUUAACUAUUUUGAUAGCUGGAUUAAUCAAAAUGGACAUUUAGUUGGGUAUUGCCAUACUUUAAUUUGAGUAUUGUUUUACUAAACAAUAAACAACUAAACAUGUUAAGUAUUUGUUAAUAAAGGGAUCGAUCUUUGGAUAAAAAUAUUUCUUCUAAAAAUCCUUACUGUGAGACAGUUGACCUUUUUAUGUCUUUCAUUAUAUAUUUUAUAAGUCUAGAGGUAAAUUGAAAGCUAUAAACAACUACAGCACAGCAAAUUCACGGAGUGUGUGUGCGUGUGUAUACACACACACACACACGAAUGGAGACCGGACUCCGACAUUGCUUAUCCUAAAACUUCUAUUCCAUUGUUUUACUUUUAGAUUUUUGUGAAUUGUGUUUUCUUAGAUAUUACUGCACAGUUGGAGCUAGGAAUUUCGCUACAUCCACAAUAACAUAUUAACUAUGUAACUACAGUACAGCAAAUUCACAGAGAAAAAUGUUUUUACUUUUGUACUUCAAUCUGCAGCUUUUAAAUAAA